AUGCUUUUGGAACGAUGGACGGCUAACCCACCGGCUGAUUUCCUCACCAAGUUUGAGGUGUGGAUCCAGAUUGCUAAUAUCCCGAUGAAUUUUUAUACUGCAAAGACAAUGUUUGAGCUGGCUAAGGCUGUUGGUCAACCGGAGGAGAUUGCAUAUGACCCCAAGCGAUCUCAGAAAACGGAAUUUGUACGAGCUAGAGUGACUUUUGAUAUCUCCAAACCGGCAAGAGAUUUCAAGGAUCUAAACUUACCCACUGGUGAGCGAGUUGUGAUCGAGUACAAGUACGAGAAAUUGAGGAAGAAAUGUUUUCAUUGUCUGAGACUUACUCAUGAAAAGAGCUCUUGCCCUCAGCUCCGUAAAUCUCAGCCCAGGGGAAAUCCUUACCUCCGAGCCUCUCUGGAAGCCAGACGAAACAUUAACUCUGUAUUGUUGACGGCACCAGUUACCACCAACAAAGCAUUGGAGGCUCCUCCUGGCUUUUCCCCUUUGUUACCUGGGCCCUCACGAGAAGGACAAAAAUCGAAUCUACGAUUGGUAACGCACGUUGAGGAUGCAGACAAGCUUGUUCGAAUCGAAAGGGUACAACAAUCAACCCGGGAGGCGACUGAUGAAUCUAUGGUAAAGUUACCCGUGUUCACCACCCAUUUGGACAAAGGAAAAGGACAUGUUUUUGGAUUUGAGGAUUCCUCAGACAGACUUAAGCGUCGAAAUAUCAACAAUGAGAGACCGAUAUUCUCGGCUCCGGGCCAAAAUCCAUUUGGAGACUCUGAUACGGAAAACUCCACGACGCAUAGCUUCCCUCUUACUGCUCCCACUCGAGUUCCAACGGUUUUUCGGUUAGGCUCCGGUACACAAGCCUUAACGUCCGGGAACUCGAUGACUGGCAGGAAAUACAGACGCAGACCUCAAGCCUGGAAGAGAAGACCUCGGUCAAAUAUCAGUACGCCCACAGAAAAUGGUCUCUUGCAGGAAAACACGAUCAAGGAAGGGAUGUCGAAGAGGAAAGCUGGUCCUCCUUCUGUAUCCUCUCCUUCCAAAUCUCCUAAACCCAGCGAAAAGACAGUGGCUUCCAGUUUGAAGCCGCUGCAGUCCCAAUGA